AUGCGGCGCGAUCCUCCGACCCCAUCUACUCGGACUCCACGUAGGAGGCCUCUGGAUAAUCGGGGGCCGAAGAAGGGUGCACUUGGUGUGCGCGUCAGGGGCCUGAAAGGGGCACCCUGGGGUCUCAGAGGGGCGCGAAAGCUGUGCGCCUCUUCGCCCGUCCACGUGCCGCCCCUCCCCGUGAAGCGAAGCUCGCGAGGUGGCCUGGGCCUCGGCGCGGCGCUGGGCGCGGGGGGCCGCAGGAAGCGCCGGAGCAACGAGGCGAACAUCCUGGGCGUUUUCGCGGACGGCGGCGACGACAGCGACGACGGGCCCGGGAAGAAGAGAGGGAAGGGCGGCGGGAAGCAGCGCGGCGCGAGCGCCAAGUCGAAGCUCGACGCGCCGGUGAGCUUCGUGAAGGGGGAGACCAAGGUGCCCACGCACGUGCCGCGCGCGCAGCCCGAGCAGGAGGAUGGCGCAGCGUCCGAGGACGAGGUCGAUCCCCGCUUCCGAUUCCCAGGCGCGCCCGAGCCCAAGGAGCCGGUCGAGCAGGGACCAGUCCCGCAGGCGCGGAACAAGCUGUCGUUCGGGCAGAUGGCGGCCAGCUACGGGAAGGGGUUCGCCAUGCUCAAGAAGAUGGGCUUCGAGGGCGGCGGCCUCGGCCGCCACAACGACGGCAUCGCCAACCCGAUCGAGGUGACGCGGCGGAAGGCCGGCAUGGGGCUGCAGGACGACGGUGAGAUGGUGGGCCAGGAUCUCUACGGCCGCGACCAGAUGGGCAGCAAGCGCUCGGUAGAGGAGCUGCUCGCGAGCAAACCCGUGAAGGACGCUGGCCCCAAGCCGAGCGAGGGCUGGAAGAAGGGGUCGAAGGUUGCCCGGCCCAAGACGAUCUACAAGACGGCGGCAGAGGUGGCGCAGGAGGCCAAGGAGCAGCAGGGCACCAUGCGCAUCGUGGACAUGCGCGGGCCCGAGGUGCGCGUGGCCACGUCCUUCGCGGAGCUGGCCGACGGUCUCGGCUCGGACAACGUCAGGAGCCUCAAGGAGCUGCGCUACAACGCGCGCGUGCUCCUGGCCAACUGCGAGGACAAGAUCCGCAAGCUGGCCGAGAGGAAACGGCACGCGCAGGAGCUGCUGCUCGCGGCCCAGCGCGACGCGAAGGACCUCGAGGCCGCCGACGGCCUGCAGGGCGACGCCGGGUCCUGCAGGGAGCCGGGCGUCGAG